AUGAAAGGACAAGAUCCUCUCCAAUUUGUUGUUCCUAGUUCCUGCUGGUCUCUUAAAAAGAUUUUUAAAAGUCAAGAAUUCAUUUUACAGAUUGGUGGUUGGACUAAGGCUGUGGCUAAAGGUAAAUACUCUAUUAGCAUAGUUUAUAGAAAUCUGCAAGAUGAUUUUCCCAAGGUGUCUUGGAGGAGGGUGCUGUGUUAUAACAAGGCUAGUCCUAGGAGUAUUUUCAUUACAUGGUUAGCCAUUCUCAACAGGUUGUAUACUACUGACAGAAUGCAAACAUGGGAAAUUGGGUGUUCUGAUGAUUGUGUGUUGUGUUCUGGUGGGAAGGAGUCAGUAGAACAUCUAUUAUUUUCUUGUUCCUUUUCAACUGCAGUCUGGCAAGCUGUGCUAAAGAAAUUGGGUAUCAAUAGGGGGAGUGCCGGACUCACCUAUGAGUUAGGGAAGCAGCUAAGCUAG